CCCCAAUAUAUAAAUGUUAAGGCAAAAAAAUCGCAACCUUUAGGCAAAUUUUCUUUUUUUUUCAGUAAAUCAGAUUCUAGAAAAAAAAAAAGGAAAAAAGAAAACCCACCCAAAACCCCCAAAUCAGCAAAUGACUCACUUCCAACAAAUGAAGACAAAAGCUAAACAAAAGAACUACUCCUCUUCCCACACUUCCUUCCCCCCUUUUCCCUACUUCCACUCCCAACAAAUAGAUACAGCCGCACUUUAAGACGGCCGUAUUUUUCCCCCUUUUCUACUUCAUUUUUUUUUACCCCUUUCCCCGGCCGGCCGGCCUUAUUGGCUGUGCCUUAUUUCUUUCUUCUUCUCUUCAUCUCACUUUUUCCCAAAAACUGCUACUUUCUCAUUUUCCCUAUUAUUCCCCCCAUUUUCCCUAUUGGUUCAUCUCAGAUUAACUAUUUAUUUAUAGUCCUCUUCCCCCCUUUUUUGCUGAUUUUGCUUCCCCUGUUUCAUAAACCCAUUUCUAUUUAAUCACUGUCUAGUGUAUCCAACAAGCGGGGCUUUUUUUCUUUUCAUGGCGAAAACAUCAAAGAAAAAUCACCAGAAUAGAACUAGUUCCAGCACCACCACUACCGCCACCAGCAUUGACGACAGCAACAGUAGUGUUAGCAGCAAAAAUACGACGUCGACGACGGCGACGAAUCCCGUCGUCACUAAACCCACCAGAACUAAGCGAACCCGGAAAAGCGUUCCCCGUGAUUCUCCCCAGCAACGGAGUUCCAUUUACCGCGGCGUCACGAGACACCGGUGGACUGGUAGAUAUGAAGCUCAUUUAUGGGAUAAGAAUUGCUGGAAUGAGUCACAGAACAAGAAAGGAAGACAAGUGUAUCUUGGGGCGUAUGAUGAUGAAGAAGCAGCUGCACAUGCAUAUGACUUGGCUGCAUUGAAGUAUUGGGGACAAGACACCAUUCUCAAUUUUCCUCUAUCAACUUACGAAAAUGAGCUCAAGGAAAUGGAAAGCCAAUCGAAAGAAGAGUAUGUUGGAUCCCUGCGGAGAAAAAGCAGCGGGUUUUCUAGAGGAGUCUCCAAGUAUAGAGGUGUCGCGAGACACCAUCAUAAUGGAAGGUGGGAGGCUCGAAUUGGAAGAGUUUUUGGCAACAAGUAUCUCUACCUUGGAACAUAUGCUACACAAGAAGAAGCAGCAACUGCGUAUGACAUGGCAGCUAUAGAGUACAGGGGACUUAACGCCGUUACCAACUUCGACCUAAGCCGUUACAUCAAGUGGCUUAGACCUGACCAAACUGGUGACGGUUCGAGUAAAGGAUUUGUCCAUUCCCCUAAGCAGGAAAAGGCUGACCUUAACAAUGCUGAAGUCAAUGAUCCCAGUCCAGAAAUUGAGAUAAAGUUCCUUCAACAACCACAGCAUAGCUCUAGCUCGGCCGAAACCACCAGCACCACCACCUCAGUCGAGCCGCCACCACAAUCGGAUGGCGACCCCACUGCAUCAUCAGCAUUAGGGCUUCUCUUGCAAUCAUCAAAGUUCAAGGAAAUGCUAGAACAGACAUCAGCCGUGGACAGCCCAUCAUCUCCACCAGAGCGGUCGGAACUACCACGUAGGAGCUUCCCGGAUGAUAUUCAGACUUUCUUUGAUUGCCAGGACGCUGGCAACUUUCCUGAGGAGCAUGACAAUAUUUUUGGUGAUUAUAAUUCGUUUGCAUCGACUAUAUUUCCCUGUGAGCUUGAUACUUAGUUGAAGAAGGGAAAAUCCAGCUCUGCAAGCAAUGUGCAUGGGUGAACAUAGAAAAAUUUUAUACAUAAAAUUUUCUCCAAAAAAAAAAAAAAAAGGAAUAUUCUAGGUUUGAGCUUUUAACAAUCUGGAGUACAAGAAGAUCAGAGUUUUCUCUUUUGUUCCUAUUUUGGGGGGUAAUUUAAUUUUUGGUUGGUGUGUAUGCUUUAGUAUUAAUGUAGAUAUAGAUUGGUCCGUAGUCAUUCUUUCACCAGUAAGUUCUCAUAGAACCUUUGUCCCGAAUGAAAGGCAGCUAUAAUAUUUCCCCCCUACAUAUGUCUAUUUCUUUUAUUCUUCUUCUCUUAUAAAGCGUGAAGGCCAUAUUCUACGGUCACACUUCGUUCGUUGUCGUGGCUAAUAGUGAUCAAAGUCACAUUUUACAUUGAGCAUAAAUAUGUAUGACAAUAACACGCGACUGAGACUAAGUACUGACAUUAUGUUAAGAUCGAGUAUAUGAACUAUGAACUGUUACCGUCCAAUGUCAAAACCAUUUUGCAUUUCGAUGUUACGAUUUGCCAAAUGUGGCGUUUUUUACGUGUAUGACUGGUUCGAUC